ACUACUAAGCAUGCAAGGACUAGUAUACAAACACCCAUUCUCAAAUUAAUAAGAAGUCUCUGUCAUCUAAGUGCCUCUCCAAGCAUGUUAUCCUAAUUUCUAAUCACCAAAAAUCAAAAACAAAUAAAAAAUAUGGAAAACUGUAGCAAAAAACAUUUUGUGUUUGUACAUGGUGCAUGCCAUGGAGCAUGGUGUUGGUACAAAGUUAAGCCCCUUCUCAAGGCGGCCGGCCACCGCGUAACGGCGGUUGACAUGGCCGCCUCAGGGAUCGAACUUAAAAAGAUUCAUGAUCUUCAAACAAUGCGUGAUUACUCUGAGCCGUUGAUUCAAUUCAUGAGAUCUGUUCCUGAUGAUGAAAAGGUGAUUCUUGUAGGACAUAGUCUUGGUGGGUUUAAUAUAGCUGUGGCUAUGGAAAUGUUCCCUCAUAAAAUUGAAGUUGCUGUUUUUCUUGCCGCUUUUAUGCCUGACAGUCGCCACACUCCUUCCUUUAUCUUUGAAAAGUUUAUGGCAAGAAUUCAAGGACAGGAAGAUUUUUGGUUGGACACAGAGUUUAAGGAGGGUGAUGGUGAUCCAAAGGAGACCCCCACGACCAUGCUAUUCGGUCUUAAAUUCUUAUCCAAACUCUAUCAUUUGUCUCCUUUAGAGGAUUUGGAGCUUGGAAUUUCAUUAAUAAGACCAUCUUCAUUAUUCCUUCAUGAUCUAUGCAAGCCUGAAACAAAGCUUUCGGAUGAGAAAUAUGGAUCAGUAAGGCGUGUUUACGUAGUUUGUGAAGAAGAUCAAGCAAUAUCACAAGCUUUUCAGCAAUGGAUGAUCGAAAAUGGAGGAGUUAAAGAAGUGAAGGAGCUUAAAGGUUCAGAUCAUAUGCCUAUGUUCUGCAUGCCAAAACAGCUCUCUGAUUGUCUUCUAGAGAUAGUCACAUAAUCUACUACAACCAUUAUUUGAUUUGGUGGGUCUUUAUUGAUGGAGAUUUUGAGUUUGACAUUUGGGUUUACUUUUAUCAUAUGGGGUGUAUAAUAACUUUUCAAUUAUUUUGUGUUGAGUUUAUUUUCAAGUUGGAUUAUUUAUUGAAUUUUAUGAAUGAGAUCUUCAACUUUAUGAUGUUAUUUUGGAGAUAUAUUGUAAUUCGGUUUAUGUGUUUCAUGAUUAUUACUUAUUGUAUUA